UGCCCGGAUCACUGCCCAGAGAUCCUUAGAUGUGACUGAAAGGGAAGAAAGGGUGAGGGGCUGAGACACGCACGGAGCUUGAGCUGAGAAACUGCUGCUGUGAGACCCCGACGGCUCUUCCUGACAGCUUGGAGGGGUGAACACGAGUGUGAGCUCCCACCUGCCGCCACACCUGAGGCACCUGCUCUUGGUCUUCAGAGAGCCCAGUGCAAGUGCCGCGGGAGGAGCUGGCCUCAAUAAAAGACCGUGCGCUCAGUGCCAGUGUCUAAUGGCCCCGAAGUGAAGAGCCAAGCGCUGCUCCGGCGGCGGCGCGGCCGGCCUGCCGCAGAUGAACCCUCCUAACUAGCGCCGAGGGGUCGGGAGGGACGGCGAGGAGGGGAGAGCCCGAGGGGCCAGCCGGGAAGACGAGGAUAGCGGUGGAUAGCGGUGUGCGGAAGAGGACGGACCCGCGAACAGCUCCACGGCUACCUGUCGACACAUGCUGUGCUCCAUGGCUAACUCGGGCUGCCUCCUUGUCUCCAACUCAGGCAUGCUUCCUCACUCUCUCCCCUGUCCUCCAGCCUUCCUCUACCUCCAACAGGGUAACCAGGACGCCACGGCCCCGCCGGACGCGAUGGCUCAGCCCUACCCCCCAGCCCAGUACCCCCCGCCCCCCCAGAACGGGAUCCCCGCAGAGUACGCACCGCCGCACCCCCACCCCACGCAGGACUACUCGGGGCAGAGCACAGUACCGGAGCACGCCAUGACCCUCUACACACCAGCACAGAGCCACACCGAGCAGCCGGGCACCGACGCCAGCACACAGUCCAUAGCAGGGACACAGACGGUACCGCAGACAGAUGAGGCGGCACAGACAGACAGCCAGCAGCUACACUCCUCAGACAACACAGACAAGCAGCAGCCCAAGAGGUUACACGUCUCCAACAUUCCCUUUCGAUUCCGGGACCCCGACCUACGGCAAAUGUUUGGGCAAUUCGGGAAAAUUCUGGACGUGGAGAUCAUUUUCAAUGAGCGGGGCUCCAAGGGUUUUGGGUUUGUAACUUUUGAAACUAGCACAGAUGCCGACCGGGCACGGGAGAAGCUGAAUGGCACCAUCGUAGAGGGCCGGAAGAUUGAGGUGAACAACGCCACGGCCCGUGUCAUGACCAACAAGAAGGUGGCCAACCCCUACACCAACGGCUGGAAGCUGAACCCAGUGGUGGGAGCAGUCUACGGCCCUGAAUUCUACGCAGUAGCGGGGUUCCCGUACCCCACCACGGGGACGGCCGUGGCCUACCGAGGGGCACACCUACGGGGCCGAGGACGCGCCGUCUACAACACCUUCCGAGCUGCGCCGCCGCCGCCGCCCAUCCCCGCCUACGGCGCGGUCGUCUACCAGGAUGGGUUCUACGGAGCUGAGAUCUACGGGGGCUAUGCUGCCUACAGGUACGCCCAGCCCGCAGCAGCAGCAGCCGCGUACAGUGACAGCUAUGGCAGAGUGUACGCAGCGGCAGACCCCUACCACCACACCAUCGGCCCCGCCGCCACCUACAGCAUUGGCACCAUGGCUAGUCUAUACCGAGGAGGGUACAGCCGCUUCACUCCCUACUAGCAAGACAGACCCAGCCCCCCCACCACUGCCCCCGAUGCUCACUAGCACCAAACCAAACCAGGCAGACAGAGCCGAGGCCGAGCCUGCGGAGGAGCCGCGGGCGCUGCCCGGUGGCCGGGGCUGGCGCCGGGCUCUGUGGGGCCGCAGCACCCCAC